AAAAGCCAGUUAAAAAAUUGGUUGUGUCCUUUAUUGAAAUAUGGAAAUGUAUGUUGUAAUUCUCAUUAGAAUAAAUGCUAUAACUGGGCACAGUUGAACAUAAUUGAGUUAAGUUCAGAUCUAAAAGUUUUGUUGUGUAAUUUGCAUGUGAUUCCUUUUUGACGUACCAUUAGGCAUGUUUUGUUUCUGCCUAUAUGAAGUAUAAAUACUGUUACUGUUUUAACCUCAUGUGACCCUGCGUCCUUCUACGCGGACAUUGUGUUUUGGCUUCGCUAUAUGCAACGCAUAAUUUAAAUUAAUUUAGAUUAAUUCAGAAGACUCUGGGCUGUCAGUAAAGGGUUAAACAUUCGUUGGAGUCAUGUGACAAAACAACAUGGUGCCGAUCACAGCAGAGUUUGUCUUUGGGAGAAACGCCAACAAAACUACAUCUGAUCAUGCACGAUGUAAUGCAUGGGUUCUGGAUGGAGACCUGUAUCACAAAGGCCUGCAGAAGUUCGCUCUGUCCACGGAGAACCUGGCGGACUCUCUGAUCCUAUUCGUGGUGGAUCUGUCCCGGCCAUGGCUAGCCCUUGAUUCGCUGCAGAAAUGGGGCAGCGUGGUGAGGGAUUAUCUAGACAAGCUCAGAGUGCCUCCUGAAACCAUGAGAGAGCUGGAGCAUAGAUUGGUCAAGGAGUUCCAGGAGUAUGUGGAACCAGGAAGUGACCUUGAUGGUGUGCCCCAGAGAAGGAAUCCAGAAUCAGAGGAAGAGAGCAUCCUGCUGCCACUGGGGGACAACACACUUACACACAACCUGGGCCUGCCUAUAGUGGUGGUCUGCACUAAGUGUGAUGCUAUCAGCACUCUUGAGAAGGAGCAUGAUUAUAAAGACGAGCACUUAGACUUCAUCCAGUCUCACAUUCGACACUUCUGCCUGCAGUAUGGGGCAGCAUUACUCUACACAUCUAUGAAGGAGAACAAAAAUCUAGACUUGUUAUAUAAAUACCUCGUUCACAGGUUAUACGGCUUUCCCUUUAACAUCCCAGCUCAGGUGGUGGAGAAAGACUCGGUGUUUAUUCCAUCAGGAUGGGACAAUGAAAAAAAGAUUGCCAUUCUGCAUGAAAAUUUCCAGACAGUAAAAGCAGAUGACAACUUUGAAGAUGUAAUAGUGAAACCUCCGGUUAGAAAGUUUGUACAUGAGAAAGAAGUUCAAGCUGAAGAUGACCAAGUAUUUCUAGUAAAGUUGCAGUCUCUGUUAGCUAAACAGCCACCAGUCACUGCAGGAAGACCAGUGGACCCAACAAACAGAGCUCCCACUGGCUCCCCGAGGACGACCAAUCGCUCUGCAGCAGCAAACGUGGCUAACGUCAUGCCCAUGCAAUCAGGUACCAAGAAGAUUGAUCCCAACAUGAAAGGAGGUCAAACCAGUGAGGGUGUACUCGCUAACUUCUUCAACAGUCUGCUGACUAAGAAAGCGGGCUCGCCUGGCCCGGGCAGCCAGCCCACGGGGGGAGGGAGCAACACACCAGGAACAGUCCGCAAGUCAGAGAGUCAAACAGGUUUGGAACAACAAGAGGGCUCCAAGCUGGGGUUGACAGACGUCCAGGCUGAGCUGGACCGGAUCUCCAACAAAUCCGACCUAGACUCGGCUCCUAGUUCUACCACGCCUCCUGCUGAAAAUGACGAAUCCUGAAAAAGAGGCGGGUUUAUUCACUGGCAAGCCCCUCCCCUUUUACACUCCGCUCUCUCCGCCCACCCUGAACCUGCCUCGCUUCAGCUGCCUCUCCUCUCUCUUACUCUUUCUCUUGAUCUUGUUCAGAUGGGGGGAUUUAUUCCUGUUUAUUCCUUGUAAAGCCUGUGACUUAAAGCUGCAUGUCGGGCAAAUUAUGAUGCUAUGUCUGUCUCCACACACACGCACAUAUGUACGGCGGAUGGGUCCGUUAAACACCGAGACAGACUGAAGGUUGAUGUAGAAAUUAAGAACACUAGAUCAGAUCAGUUUUGGACACUAAAAGAGAGACUUAGAAAGGAAAUGGAGAUGUAGAGCCAAGUCAGAACUAGAAAGUAAGGGGUGUAUGUGAACACUUUGUUAAUGUGUAUGCAAGUUAGAUUCUUUUCCAUGGUUUUGGUAGUGAAUUAUGUUCUUAUGAGUAAAGAACCGUGUAUGUCUACAGUGAAUGUCACUUGGCUUCUCACAAACAAAGCCCAUUUUUACUUCUCUAAAUGUCUUAAGCCUCAUCUGAACAAAAAAUAAUAGAACAAUAAAGGGAAGCAUCACAUUUCAGUAAUUGUAGCAACCAAAGGAUAUGAUCGAACAAUGUGUUGGAUGUAGCCACUUUGUGUUGGUAUUUUCAUUAAAGAUCGCCUUUAUUAUUCUUAAAGGGACAGUCUACCCAAAAAUUAGAAACCAUCAUUUACUCACUCUCAUGCUGUUCCAAACCCAAAAGCCUUUCUUUCUUCCAUUGGACACAAAAUAAGAGGUUAGGCAUGAUGUUGGGACUGACAGCCUCAGUCACCAUUCACUUUCAUUGUAUGGAAAAAAGAUGCAUUGAAAGUGAAUAGUGACUGAGGCUCACAUUCUGCCUAACAUUUCCUUUUGUGUUCCACAGAGAAAAGUUAAGUAGUACAGGUUUGAAACAACAUGAAUGUGAGUAAAUAAUAACAGAAUCGUUUUUUUGUUUUGUUUUGUUUUUUCUGUGAACGAUCCCAUUAUUAUACACUCCUGCACUUCCCUAUUCUUCAGUAUAUCAGGAACAGCUGAAGUUGCAGGAACAGCAACUACAGAACAAACUUAAUGACAUAAUUUCAAUACUUUAUUUUCUAAUAUCUGUAACCCAUUUUUUUUGCGGCUGAGAAAUUGUCAACAGAGUCACCUAGUAAAAAGUCAUCACCUGGGAUCCGUUGAGUACAGUCAAUUUAAAUAUCGUACUUUUACACAAUAGUAAUCUCUUACAAUGCUGAUUGUUGCAGAGUAGUUCAGUAAGUUGUGAGGAAACAACUGGACACAACAUGUUGCAACACCACAGCAACGCACCAGAGAGUUUUUAGGCUUAGACAUGGUUUAUGAAGUCGUCUAUCUAAGCUCAGACAAAAAUCUUCAGCUAUGAGCGUUUAUCAUUGAGAUUAUUGAUGACGGUGUAAAAAAAACAAACCUCUUUGUCUGUUCAUAAUAACUUCUGAAAAUUGGAUGUAUAUGUGUAUGUCUGUUCUCAUCUCUCAACUACAGCCGGUUAUGACACUGUUUAUAAAUGGAUGCACUAUAGAUCAUGUGAACAAGAUCAGUAUUACUGUCUUUUUAUUGGUGUGUGUGGGUGGUUAUGAGCUAAAAAAGUAAAUUCAGCAGGAAUCUAAGUGGAAUUGUCUGUUUAGCGACUAUAACGGCUAGAAUUUAGUACUGGGAGGGGAGGGGUGGAGAGGCAGAGGUGGUCAGGGCAGGUGAGAUCUGAGGUCACCCUCACCUGCUUGUACAGUCAUCAACCAAACUACUUAGGAGGGGGAAGGGGAAAUAAACAUGCGCAAAAACGGUCCUGUAAUUUCACAAGAUGUAGUGAUGUUUCUCUGAAUCAGGUCUGUAAUCAUUCUAUUAAAGUAGUAUUUAUUGGGAA